AUGACGGAGGUGCAUUUCAAGAACCAUGGAAAUCUCACUGGACGGGCCCAUUUCCCCACCCUGGCAACAGAGGUUGACACUACUUCAGAUAAGUAUUCCAACCUGUAUAUGUAUGUGGGCUUAUUCCUGAGCCUCUUGGCCAUUCUCCUCAUCCUGCUCUUCACGAUGCUCCUUCGACUUAAACAUGUCAUCUCACCCAUCACCUCCGAGAGCACAGAAAGUGUUCCUCAAUUCACAGAUGUAGAGAUGCAGAGUCGGAUCCCUACUCCUUAAAGCCAGGAUGAAAGUGAGCUUUACUGGAUCUCAGUGAACCCUUGUAUGUUGAUGUGCAGGAAAGCUGACUUCAUUACAUGUAGCUUCCUGUGUAAGGAAUCAACAAGUUGUUCAUUUAUCAAGUUGUUCAUCCUUUCCUUGUGUUAUUCUUUAUCUUGACUCUGC